AUGACAAAAGACCAACCCCAAGAGCAAACUUGGCAAGCUAUUGCUUCUGCGCGGCGCAAACAGUUGGAUCUCUUGAUCCCAACAGAAUGGAAAUUGAGCGAUGAAUUCAAGGCUUCACUCCCUGCGGAUGGCCGGCUGAUACAGGCGGACCCCGCACGGAAGAGUGGGAUUCUCUCAGAGACGGAACUGGAUAUCACAGAGAACUAUUCGGCUGCUCAGCUCCUCGAGCGACUUGCACGGAGCGAAGUCAGUUCUUUGGCUGUUACAACGGCGUUCUGCAAAAGGGCGGCCAUUGCGCAGCAGUUGACUUCAUGCCUGACGGAGCAUUUCUUUUCCCAAGCCCUAGAGCGAGCUAAGUAUCUUGAUGAGUAUCUUAGUCGGGAAGGAAAAGUUAUUGGCCCGCUACAUGGUCUCCCGAUCAGUAUCAAGGAGACCUUCCGCGUCAAGGGCAUUCAUACGACUGUGGGCUAUGUAUCAUUCUUAGAUAAUGGACUGGCAACUGAGAAUUCGGCACUGGUAGACUUGUUGCUUGAUCUAGGCGCGGUUCUAUAUGUGAAGACAAAUAUUCCGCAGACCCUGAUGACUGCCGACUCUGACAACAACAUCUACGGCCGGACCUUGAAUCCAAACAACACCAACCUCACUGCAGGAGGGUCGAGCGGUGGUGAAGGGGCCCUUAUAGCCUUCCGAGGCUCUAUCCUGGGCGUGGGAACCGACGUCGCCGGGUCCAUUCGCAUCCCGGCUCUUUGCUGCGGCGUGUAUGGCUUCAAACCAACGACCGGCCGCGUCCCCUUUGCAGGGCAAGUAACUGGUGUCGCAGAGGAAACACCGAUGAUAGAGCCAUCAGCAGGGCCGCUAGCCCAAACCUUCGAUGAUCUCGAGCUAUUCAUGUCCACCGUUUCGAACGCAGAGCCUUGGAGAUACGAUGCCACUGCGGCUUCGGUGCCUUGGAACGGCCAGAAAGAGUCUCGAUCUGUUCUGACAAUCGGCGUACUCCCAGAAGACCCCCACUUUCCUUUUCACCCACCCGUCAAAAGGGCACUGGAAUCCGCUGUUGAAGCCCUCGAGAAAAAGGGCCACCGUAUCGUCCGACUGCCUGACGUGACGACCCGAGGCACUGCACACGCAAUGCGCCUGGCGUUCCAUUAUUUCACAUAUGGUCCGCGGCCUGACAAUUUGAGUGCCAGCGGAGAACCACCCGUGUCAUCCGUAGCUAAGAUCCAGCUCACGUCGCCCAUGUUUUCAGGACCUGCUUUCCUGGGUGAGGAAGAUAUUGGGGUCUUUGAGCAAAUAGCCACCCUGAGCAUUGCGCGCAAGAAACUGGGCGACGAGUGGCGUAAGGCUAUUGUAGAGAACAACCUGGAUGUCGUUCUGGCUCCGGGUGCGCAGAAUACAGCGGUGCCGCAUGAUACGUACGGAUGGCCACCGUAUACUACUCUUUGGAACUUGCUCAAUUAUCCCGCAUGCAUCAUCCCAUACGGGAAAGCGUCAAGGGAGCUCGAUCCUGAGCCUCUGGUGUUGGAAGAGACUGGCCAGCCGAAUUAUGACCCUGUAGCGGUGGACGGUGCCCCGUGUGCUCUUCAGGUUGUGGCGCCCCGGUUCCAGGACGAAAAGUGUCUUUCUGCAGCGAGGAUAAUUGAUCUGGAUAUUCGCUCUUGA